CAAAAACAUUGUUUCCAUGGCGUAAGAGAGAGAGAGGAAGAGAGACGUUUAAGAGAUUGACGAAAGAAGAGAAGAAGAAGAGAAUUCGAAACAAAUCACACGGAACGAAAACUCUUCUCUGCUACCUUUAUCUUCUCCACCUUUCACUUUCAUUAGAGUUUCCUCUCCUCCUCCUCCUCCUUCGCCUUCUCUCGAUAUCUCUCUCUUUCUCACGGCUCCACCUCCUAAACUUUUCGUGGGUUUUCCUCUUUUCCCGAUCUGAUUCCGAAAGUCUAUCACUUUUCUGAAGAAAGAGAUCAGAUUGCGAGAGAGAGAUGGAGGAAGGAAGUGUCUUCAGAUCUCUACUAGCGAUUCUUCAAUGGUGGGGUUUCAACGUCACCGUCAUCAUCAUGAACAAAUGGAUCUUCCAGAAACUGGAUUUCAAGUUCCCACUAUCGGUUUCCUGUGUUCACUUCAUAUGCUCAUCAAUUGGAGCUUACAUUUUCAUCAAAAUCCUGAAGCUUAAACCUUUGAUCGUUGUUGAGGCAGAAGAUCGUUGGAGGAGGAUCUUCCCUAUGUCUUUCGUGUUCUGUAUCAACAUUGUGUUGGGUAAUGUCAGCCUCCGUUACAUCCCUGUUUCCUUCAUGCAGACAAUUAAGUCCUUCACUCCCGCUACUACAGUUGUGUUACAGUGGCUGGUUUGGAGGAAGUACUUCGACUGGCGUAUUUGGGCGUCUCUUGUCCCCAUUGUUGGUGGGAUUCUUCUGACUUCUGUCACUGAGCUUAGCUUUAACAUGUUUGGUUUCUGUGCUGCUCUGUUUGGGUGUUUAGCUACUUCCACUAAGACCAUUCUUGCCGAAUCUCUUCUUCAUGGUUACAAAUUUGACAGCAUAAACACAGUAUACUACAUGGCGCCUUUCGCCACCAUGAUCCUCGGUAUACCUGCGUUACUACUAGAAGGCAACGGAAUCCUGAGUUGGUUUGAAGCUCACCCAUCUCCAUGGUCAGCACUCACCAUCAUCUUCAGCUCUGGUGUGUUAGCCUUCUGUCUCAACUUCUCCAUCUUCUAUGUCAUUCACUCCACAACUGCAGUCACAUUCAACGUAGCUGGAAACCUCAAGGUUGCGGUGGCUGUAUUGGUGUCAUGGUUGAUAUUCCGUAACCCGAUAUCGUAUAUGAAUGCUGUUGGAUGUGGGAUUACGCUUGUGGGAUGCACAUUCUAUGGAUACGUGAGGCAUAUGCUUUCACAGCAGCAGCCAGGAACUCCAAGGACUCCUCGUACACCGAGAAACAAGAUGGAGUUGCUUCCUCUUGUUAGUAACGAUAAACUCGAAGGCAAAGUCUGAUGUCAUUUCAGUUUCCCCUGCUCUGCACAAGAUAGAACUUUUAUAGAGAAAUAACAUUUUGUUUUUGUUUUGGGUUCGUAGAAGAGAUAAAUGGUUCUUCUUAUUUAUAUCUCUGUGAUAUGUAGAAUCUAUAGUUUUAUCUAAUACAAUUUAAAUUUAAUCUAAGGAGGAAAGUACAAAGAACUUAUGUCUAAUUAUCUGCUAAUUUAUUUAUGAGCAAACGUGUAUUUGAA